AUGGCUCCCAAGCGGCAGAAGACGAUCGAGGAGCAGUACAUGAAGCUGACUCAGCACGAGCACAUCCUUCUGCGGCCCGACUCGUACGUCGGCUCUUUAGAGGUGCAGCGGGAGUGGGUCUGGGUCUACGUCCAGCAGAAGAAGAAGAUGGAGCAGGUGCACAUGAAUUACGUCCCAGGGCUGUACAAAAUAUUCGACGAGAUUUUGGUGAAUGCGGCGGACAAUUUCGAGAGAGACCCUGAGCACCAGAACUACAUCAAGGUUGACAUCAACGAAAAGGAAGGCAUGAUCAGCGUGGAAAACAAUGGGCAGGGCUUGCCUGUAGAGAUGCACAAGGAGCAUAACAUGUACGUGCCUGAAAUGGUAUUUGGCCACUUGCUCACCAGCGAUAAUUACGACGAUGACGAGAAGAAGACCACGGGCGGUAGGAACGGUUACGGUGCCAAGCUCACCAACAUCUUCUCCAAGAGGUUCGAGAUCGAGUGUGCUGAUCAGGCGCGGGGGAAGAAGUAUCACCAGCGCUGGGAUGACAACAUGAAAAUUAAAGGAAAGCCUUCCAUCACUUCGCACAAAGGGCAAAGCCACACGAAGGUCACGUUUUGGCCUGACCUGGCGCGGUUCGGAAUGAAGAAGCUCGACAAGGACAUUGCUAAUUUGAUGGCGCGAAGAGCGCUCGACGUGGCCGGCUGCACUCCAAAGAAAUGCAAAGUGCAUUUGAACGGUAAGUUGUUGGACAUUUCGGAUUUCAAGGACUAUGUCGAUUUAUACAUCGGAGAAGACGGCGUGGAGACUGCCUAUGAGAAGUGCCACGACCGCUGGGAGGUGGCGAUGACCGUGUCCGAUGGUCAAUUCCAGCAGGUUUCUUUCGUCAACAGGAUUGCAACCCUAAAGGGUGGUGGACAUGUAGCCCACGUUGCCGACCAGAUUGUGGAAGCCGUCGUGAAGAAGGUCAACAAGCAGAACAAGGGAGGCAUGGACAUCAAGCCUUUCCACGUCAAGAACUACCUCCGUCUCUUCGUCAACUGCCAGAUCGAGAACCCGUCCUUCGACUCGCAGACGAAGGAGACCAUGACACUGAAGGCCUCCAAGUUUGGCUCCAAGUGUGAGAUCAGUGAUGCCAUGAUCAACAAGGUGCUGAAGACAGGCAUCGUCGACAUGAUCUUGCAGUGGGCGAAGGCCAAGGAGGAGAUCGACCUCGGCAAGCAGAUCUCCUCAGCUGGCGGCUCCAGCGCCAGCGGGGGGAAGCGCAAGCGGCUCCUCGGAAUCCCCAAGCUGGAGGACGCCAACCUCGCCGGCGGCCGCGAAGGGCGCGAUUGCACCCUGAUCCUCACCGAGGGGGACAGCGCCAAGUCCCUUGCGGUUGCCGGCCUCAGCAUCAUCGGCCGGGAUCGCUUCGGUGUGUUCCCUCUCCGCGGCAAGCUGCUCAAUGUGCGCGAGGCCUCUUUUGGGCAAACUAUGGCCAACGCCGAGAUCGCGGCCAUAUCCAAAAUUCUGGGCAUCGAACCAAAGAAGAACUACACGACCACGAACGGGAUGCGCUAUGGUCACAUCAUGAUCAUGACUGAUCAAGACUACGAUGGUUCUCACAUUAAGGGCUUGAUCUUGAAUUUGGUGCAGCACUGGUGGCCCUCGCUCUUCCAGAGGGAAGGAUUCAUACAAGAGUUUGUGACGCCGAUCGUCAAGGUGACGAAAGGAAGCAACGUCCAACAGUUCUUCACCAUGAAAGAAUACGAAAACUGGAAAGAUGACAACAACAAUGGCAAAGGAUGGAAGAUCAAGUACUACAAGGGUCUCGGAACAUCCACUACCCAAGAGGCUAAGGAGUAUUUCAAGAACAUUAAUGACCAUCGCCUCGCCUUCGAUUACACGGGGGACGAUGACGAUCAAAAUCUCGAUCUUGCUUUUAACAAGAAGCGAGCGGAUGACCGUAAGGACUGGAUCAAUGCAGCAGAGGACGAUGAUGUCGUGGACCACUCGCAGGCAUCCCUUACGUAUUCAGACUUCGUGCAGAAGGAGCUGGUUCAGUUUGCAAAGUACGACGUGCUCCGGGCCAUCCCUUGCGUGGUGGACGGGUUCAAGCCCGUGCAGCGAAAGAUCAUGUGGGCUUGUUUCAAGCGCGGGCUCAAGAGCGAGACCAAGGUGGCCCAGCUUGCGGGAUACAUCUCCGAGCACGCAGCGUACCAUCAUGGCGAGGUAUCCCUCCAGGGUUCCGUCAUCUCGCUCGCGCAAACGUUCAUGGGCUCCAACAACGUGAACCUGCUGUUCCCGUCAGGGCAAUUCGGCACGCGUCUUCAAGGUGGUAAGGAUGCCGCCAGUCCGCGUUACAUCUACACGAGGCUGGAGCGAGUCGCCCGCCUCAUCUUCCACCCCGAUGACGACAAGCUGCUCGAGGCCCAGGUCGACGAGGGCCAGCGAAUCGAGCCCAAGUGGUACGUCCCUGUGAUCCCUAUGGUGCUCGUGAACGGGGCGGACGGCAUCGGUACUGGAUGGUCAACGUUCCUGCCGAACUACGACCCUCGGGAGAUCAUCGCGAAUCUGAAGCGCUACAUCCGUUGCGAGCCUAUGGAGGUCAUGUGCCCGUGGUACCGGGACUUUGUCGGCAGCAUCCUGCCCUCCCCGGAGAAGGACGGGUACGAAGUCACGGGAGUAAUCGAGAAGCAGGGCCCCACGACGCUGCAGAUCACAGAGCUCCCCGUCCGGAGGUGGACGCAGGACUACAAGGAGACGCUCCAGGGCAUGCUGUCCACGGAGGGCCCUGGCUCGGGGCAGAUCGAGGAUUUCAAAGAGCACCAUACGGAGACAAAGGUUCACUUCGUGAUCACCGUUACAGAGGCGCAGAUGGCGUCACUUGAGCGCACUGGUCUAGACAAGGCUUUCAAGCUCCGAUCCGCUCUGUCUACGAACAACAUGUACUUCUUCGACAAAAACGGGAAGAUUCGCAAAUACGCGAGCGAGCGCGAGAUUAUGGAGGACUUCGCAGAGAUCCGGCUGGAGUUCUACCACAAGAGGAAGGCCCACUUGCUGAAAGUGUUGCGGCAGCAGCUCGAGAUCCUCGCCGCAAAGGCGCGUUUCAUACAGCUGGUUGCCAGAGAGGAGCUCAAGGUGAAGAAUCGCAAGAAGGAGGCCAUUGUACAGGACCUCGUCAAACACAAGUUCCGCACGCUCCACGAGAUUACCGAAGGCAGUGAUAUAGACGUGCCUGGCAGCAACGACGGAGACGGCGCCGGCGACGAGGACGCGACCAAAAGGGACAAGAAGAAAGGUGGAGGUUGGGAGUACUUGCUGGGUAUGGCCUUGUGGUCCCUGACACAAGAGAAGGUCCUCGAGCUCGAGGCCCAGGUGCGGACCAAGGAGGCCGAGGUAGAGGAGCUGGAGCUCACCGCCCCUGAGGAGAUCUGGGAGCGCGACCUCGACGCGAUCCUGGUCGCCCUGACCGAGACCGAGGAGCACGCGCGCCGCAACGCCGGCGAGGAGCAGAGGAUGCGGGAGCGGGCCUCCAAGCGCGCGGCCAGCUCGGCCUCUGGCGGCGGCAAGCGGCAGAAGGUCGCCGCGGCGCCCGUCCUGCCGCCGCCGGCCGCGGGGACGGCGCCCUCGAGGGCGGCGCUGCAGGAGCUGCAGGCGCGCCAGCUGGCCCGCACGGUGCCCGAGUGCCCGGGCCUCUUCGACAGCCUGCUGCCCUCCGCCGAGGUGCAGCGCCUCCAGGCGCAGCACCAGAAGCUGGCGGACAAGUCGGCGGCCGCCGCCGGCGGCGGCGAGGCCAAGCCCAAGGCCGCCCCCAGCGCCAGGCCGGCCCUGGGCGGCUUCGCCCGCAACGCCGCUCGGGGGCGCGGCCGCGGAGGCCGUGGCCGAGGGCGGGGUGGCGCGGACGACGCCGCUGCCGCGGGCACCAGCGGAGGCCGCGGCCGCGGCGGCAGGAAGCGCAAGCAGGGGUGCGACGGGGACGACGACGAGGACUGGGCCGAGGACGAGUGA